AUGGAGAGGAGAUGGGAGGAGAGGGAGAUGAGAUGGGAGGAGAGGGAGAUGGAGAGGAGACGGGAGGAGAGGGAGAUGGAGAGGAGACGGGAGGAGAAGGAGAUGGAGAGGAGAUGGGAGGAGAGGGAGAUGAGAUGGGAGGAGAGGGAGAUGGAGAGGAGAUGGGAGGAGAGGGAGAUGGAGAGGACUGCAGCCUCAGUGCAGGAGAGCCCUGACCACAACACUCAGUCAUGUGAUUGUGAGGAUGGCUGCCAGGCCAGCGAUGGUAUGUUAUGGGUUAGUGCUGCUAAAGCGCCAGAAUGACCCAGAGAGCUGGAGAGAGACAGUCAGAGAGGAAGAGCGGGAGAGAGAGAGAGAGCGACUGACAACCCAUUGAGCUCUCUGUGGGUCAACAUAGACAACUUAGCAAGUUACCUGGUUUAGUUGAGCUCUCAGUGGGUCAACAUAGACAACUUAGCAAGUUACCUGGUUUAGUUGAGCUCUCAGUGGGUCAACAUAGACAACUUAGCAAGUUACCUGGUUUAGUUGAGCUCUCAGUGGGUCAACAUAGACAACUUAGCAAGUUACCUGGUUUAGUUGAGCUCUCAGUGGGUCAACAUAGACAACUUAGCAAGUUACCUGGUUUAGUUGAGCUCUCAGUGGGUCAACAUAGACAACUUAGCAAGUUACCUGGUUUAGUUGAGCUCUCAGUGGGUCAACAUAGACAACUUAGCAAGUUACCUGGUUUAGUUGAGCUCUCUGUGGGUCAACAUAGACAACUUAGCAAGUUACCUGGUUUAGUUGAGCUCUCAGGGGGUCAACAUAGACAACUUAGCAAGUUACCUGGUUUAGUUGAGCUCUCAGUGGGUCAACAUAGACAACUUAGCAAGUUACCUAGUUUAGUUGAGCUCUUGGUGGGUCAACAUAGACAACUUAGCAAGUUACCUGGUUUAGUUGAGCUCUUGGUGGGUCAACAUAGAAACAGCCCCCCUUCUCUAGUGGCUGCCGCUUUUACACGUCCAUUAGAAGUGUCACCAGUCUAGUUCCUACGUACGUCCAUGCCACAGCUCCUCGCUCUCUCUCUCUCUCUCCAGAAGAACUGGAUUGGUUGGACACACACACACACAUCUGAAUCCUGGCCCUACCACACAUACGUUUAUUGAUAGGCUGUAUUAUAAUUAGCUACAUGUCACCCACUCUCUGCUGUGGUGAUGUCAUCACUCUGAGUUCUUAGUUCUUCCACUCCCAACCAACCAGCUCACCAGCCACAGGCUGGCUUUCAUAAAGAGGGCUGGGCUUUCAUAAAGAGGGCUGGGCUUUCAUAAAGAGGGCUGGGCUUUCAUAAAGAGGGCUGGGCUUUCAUAAAGAGGGCUGGCUUUCAUAAAGAGGGCUGGGGAUCAUAAAUAGGGCUGGGGUUCAUAAAUAGGGCUGGGGAUCAUAAAUAGGGCUGGGGAUCAUAAAUAGGGCUGGGGAUCAUAAAUAGGGCUGGGGAUCAUAAAUAGGGCUGGGGAUCAUAAAUAGGGCUGGGGUUCAUAAAUAGGGCUGGGGAUCAUAAAUAGGGCUGGGGUUCAUAAAUAGGGCUGGGGAUCAUAAAUAGGGCUGGGGUUCAUAAAUAGGGCUGGGGAUCAUAAAUAGGGCUGGGGUUCAUAAAUAGGGCUGGGGAUCAUAAAUAGGGCUGGGGUUCAUAAAUAGGGCUGGGGUUCAUAAAUAGGGCUGGGGAUCAUAAAUAGGGCUGGGGAUCAUAAAUAGGGCUGGGGUUUCUCUGCUCUGCUCUGCUCCAGUCCUGCUGGUCCUCCCAGCCGCUGGAGACCGUGUGUGUGUGUGUGUGUGUGUGUGUGUGUGUGUGUGUGGGCGCCUGUCUGCCUUUGGGCCAUGUGUGUGAUUAACCCAGGUUCUCAUAAAGAUGGGUUCUCAGCGGGGUGCAUGGUGUUACGGCAGGCCCGGUGCUCAUGCCAGCUCCCGUUAGGUUAUUAGGCUGUUGAGCAGAAGGCUGAGGAAAGGAGGGAGGGAAAGAGGCAGGAAGGGAGGGAGGGAGGACGGGAGAGAGGGAGGGAGGAAGGGAGAAAGAGAGGGUGGUAAGGAGUGAGAGCCCAGAAGUUUCCCAUCAUCAUGUGGUUAUGUUAGUGCAUGGACCUGCUACUGCCACUAGAACACACAGACACUCUGUACUACUGUGUUCUAUUCUAUUGUUCUCUACUGUGUUCUAUUCUGUUGUUCUCUACUGUGUUCUAUUCUGUUGUUCUCUACUGUGUUCUAUUCUGUUGUUCUCUACUGUGUUCUAUUCUAUUGUUCUCUACUGUGUUCUAUUCUGUUGUUCUCUACUGUGUUCUAUUCUGUUGUUCUCUACUGUGUUCUAUUCUGUUGUUCUCUACUGUGUUCUAUUCUAUUGUUCUCUACUGUGUUCUAUUCUGUUGUUCUCUACUGUGUUCUAUUCUGUUGUUCUCUACUGUGUUCUAUUCUGUUGUUCUCUACUGUGUUCUAUUCUGUUGUUCUCUACUGUGUUCUAUUCUAUUGUUCUCUACUGUGUUCUAUUCUAUUGUUCUCUACUGUGUUCUAUUCUGUUGUUCUCUACUGUGUUCUAUUCUGUUGUUCUCUACUGUGUUCUAUUCUGUUGUUCUCUACUGUGUUCUAUUCUGUUGUUCUCUACUGUGUUCUAUUCUAUUGUUCUCUACUGUGUUCUAUUCUAUUGUUAUCUACUGUGUUCUAUUCUGUUGUUCUCUACUGUGUUCUAUUCUAUUCCAUAUUCUACUCUUCUUUUCUCACCUUUUCUCCUCUCCUCUUCACUAUGCCUGCACCAUAGUAACGAACACCAUAGUAACGAACACCAUAGUAACGAACACCAUAGUAACGAACACCAUAGUAACGAACACCAUAUUUUCUUACUAACUGAUGUUUCCUCCUCUCUCUUCCCCAGACGUUCACGGCCUGGUGUAACUCCCACCUGAGGAAAGCCGGAACGCAGAUCGAGAACAUUGAGGAGGACUUCAGAGAUGGACUGAAACUCAUGCUGCUGUUGGAGGUCAUAUCAGGUGAGGAGGAAAGGCCUGAUGCCUACAUGUAUCUCUAAUGGUGCCUACAUGUACAGUACCUUUCAAAUUUUCUCUACUUUUGCAUAUUUUUGAAACUGAAUGUUAUCAGAUCUUCAACCUAAACCUAAUAUUAGAUAAAGGGAACCUGCGUGAACAAAUAACACAACAAUUACAUACUUAUUUCAUUUAUUUCAUAAACAAAGUUAUGCAACACCCAAUGACCCUGUGUGAAAAAGUAAUUGCCCCCUUGCACUCAAUAACUGGUUAUGUCACCUUUAGCUGCAAUGACUCCAACCAAACGCUUCCUGUAGUUGUUGAUCAGUCUCUCACAUUGCUGAGGAGGAAUUUUGGCCCACUCUUCCAUCCAGAACUGCUGUAACUCAGCAACGUUUUGUGGGUUUUCAAGCAUGAAUUGCUCUGUAUCAGAGAAUUCUACAAUAGAAUGUCAGGCCAUCCGUCUGUGAGCUGAAGCUGAAGCGCAGCUGGGUCAUGCAGCAAGACAAUGAUCCAAAACACACAAUCAAGUCUACAUGAAAAUUGUUAAAAAGCAACAUAUUUGAAGUCUUGGAAUGACCUAGUCAAAGUCCAGACCUAAUCCCAAUUGAGAUGUUAUGGCAGGACUUGAAACAAGCAGUUCAAGAUUGAAAACCCACACAUUUCGCUAAAUUAAAGCAGUUCAGCAUGCAAGAGUGGGCCAAAAUUCCUCCACAGCGAUGCGAGAGACUGAUCAACAACUACAGGAAGCGUUUAGUUGCAGUCAUUGUAGCUAAAGGUGGCACAACCAGUUAUUGAGUGUAAUGGGGGAAUUACUUUUUCACACAGGGGCAUUGGGUGUUGCAUAACUUUGUCAAUAAAAUAAAUAAAAUAAGUAUAUAUAUUUUUUAUUAUUUGUAAACGCAGGUUCCCUUUAUCUAAUAUUAGGUUUUGGUUGAAGAUCUAAUAACAUUCACUAUCAAAAAUAUGCAAAAGUAGAGAAAAUCAGAAAGAGGGUAAAUACUUUUCCACGGCGCUGUAUCUCUACAUGGUGCCUACAUGGUGCCUACAUGGUGCCUACAUGGUGGUAGGUGCCUACAUGGAGCAUGCAUGGUGCCUACAUGGUGCCUGCAUGGUGCCUACAUGGUGCCUACAUGGUGCUUGCAUGGUGCCUACAUGGUGCCUACAUUGUGCCUACAUGGUGGUAGGUGCCUACAUGGAGCUUGCAUGGUGCCUACAUGGAGCCUGCAUGGUGCCUACAUGGUGCCUGUAUGGUGCCUACAUGGUGCCUGCAUGGUGCCUACAUGGUGCCUACAUGGUGCCUACAUUUACAUCAUUUAGCAGAUGCUCUUAUCCAGAGUGACUUACAGUGCAUACAAAAUAUAUAUAUAUAUUAUAAUUGUUUUAUACUAGCCCCCCGUGGGAAUCGAACCCACAACCCUGGCGUUGCAAGUGCCAUGCUCUACCAACUGAGCUACACGGGGCCAUACAUCUACACAGGGCCAUACAUGGUGCCUACAUGGUACCUACAGUGAGGGAAAAAAGUAUUUGAUCCCCUGCUGAUUUUGUACGUUUGCCCACUGACAAAGACAUGAUCAGUCUAUAAUUUUAAUGGUAGGUGUAUUUGAACAGUGAGAGACAGAAUAACAACAAAAAAAUCCAGAAAAACGCAUGUCAAAGAUGUUAUAAAUUGAUUUGCAUUUUAAUAAGGGAAAUAAGUAUUUGACCCCUCUGCAAAACAUGACUUAGUACUUGGUGGCAAAACCCUUGUUGGCAAUCACAGAGGUCAGACGUUUCUUGUAGUUGGCCACCAGGUUUGCACACAUCUCAUGAGGGAUUUUGUCCCACUCCUCAUUGCAGAUCUUCCCCAAGUCAUUAAGGUUUCGAGGCUGACGUUUGGCAACUCGAACCUUCAGCUCCCUCCACAGAUUUUCUAUGGGAUUAAGGUCUGGAGACUGGCUAGGCCACUCCAGGACCUUAAUGUGCUUCUUCUUGAGCCACUCCUUUGUUGCCUUGGCCGUGUGUUUUGGGUCAUUGUCAUGCUGGAAUACCCAUCCACGACCCAUUUUCAAUGCCCUGGCUGAGGGAAGGAGGUUCUCACCCAAGAUAUGAUGGUACAUGGCCCCGUCCAUCGUCCCUUUGAUGCGGUGAAGUUGUCCUGUCCCCUUAGCAGAAAAACACCCCCAAAGCAUAAUGUUUCCACCUCCAUGUUUGACAGUGGGGAUGGUGUUCUUGGGGUCAUAGGCAGCAUUCCUCCUCCUCCAAACACGGCGAGUUGAGUUGAUGCCAAAGAGCUCGAUUUUGGUCUCAUCUGACCACAACACUUUCACCCAGUUCUCCUCUGAAUCAUUCAGAUGUUCAUUGGCAAACUUCAGACGGGCCUGUAUAUGUGCUUUCUUGAGCAGGGGGACCUUGCGGGCGCUGCAGGAUUUCAGUCCUUCACGGCGUAGUGUGUUACCAAUUGUUUUCUUGGUGACUAUGGUCCCAGCUGCCUUGAGAUCAUUGACAAGAUCCUCCCGUGUAGUUCUGGGCUGAUUCCUCACCAUUCUCAUGAUCAUUGCAACUCCACGAGGUGAGAUCUUGCAUGGAGCCCCAGGCCAAGGGAGAUUGACAGUUAUUUUGUGUUUCUUCCAUUUGCGAAUAAUCGCACCAACUGUUGUCACCUUCUCACCAAGCUGCUUGGCGAUGGUCUUGUAGCCCAUUCCAGCCUUGUGUAGGUCUACAAUCUUGUCCCUGACAUCCUUGAAGAGCUCUUUGGUCUUGGCCAUGGUGGAUAGUUUGGAAUCUGAUUGAUUGAUUGCUUCUGUGGACAGGUGUCUUUUAUACAGGUAACAAACUCAGAUUAAGAGCACUCCCUUUAAGAGUGUGCUCCUAAUCUCAGCUCGUUACCUGUAUAAAAGACACCUGGGAGCCAGAAAUCUUUCUGAUUGAGAGGGGGUCAAAUACUUAUUUCCCUCAUUAAAAUGCAAAUCAAUUUAUAACAUUUUUGACAUGUGUUUUUCUGUCUCUCACUGUUCAAAUAAACCUACCAUUAAAAUUAUAGACUGAUCAUUUCUUUGUCAGUGGGCAAACAUACAAAAUCAGCAGAGGAUCAAAUACUUUUUUCCCUCACUGUACAUGGUGGCUACAUGGUGCCUACAUUUUACAUUUACAUUUUAGUCAUUUAGCAGAUGCUCUUAUCCAGAGCGACUUACAGUUAGUGAGUGCAUCCAUUUUCAUACUGCCCCCCCCCCGUGGGAAACGAACCCACAACCCUGGCAUUGCAAGCGCCAUGCUCUACCAACUGAGCUACAUGGUACCAUGCCUACAUAAUAAUAAUAAUAAUAAUAAUAUGCCAUUUAGCAGACGCUUUUAUCCAAAGCGACUUACAGUCAUGCGUGCAUACAUUUUUUUGUGUAUGGGUGGUCCCGGGGAUCGAACCCACUACCUUGGCGUUACAAGCGCCGUGCUCUACCAGCUGAGCUACAGAGGACCACAUGGUGCCUACAUGGUGGUAGGUGCCUACAUGGUGCCUACAUAGUGGCUACAUGGUGCCUACAUGGUGGUAGGUGCCUACAUGGAGCCUACAUGGUGCCUACAUGGUGCCUGCAUGAUGCCUACAUUGUGCCUACAUGGUGCCUACAUGGUACCUACAUGAUACCUACAUGGUGCCUACAUGGUACCUACAUGGUGGUAGGUGCUUACAUGGUGCCUACAUGGUGCCUGCAUGGUGCCUACAUGGUGGUAGGUGCUUACAUGGAGCCUACAUGGUGCCUAUAUUUACAUUUACAUUUUAGUCAUUUAGCAGACGCUCUUAUCCAGAGCGACUUACAGUGCACACAUUAUUUUUAUUUUUUUCAUACUGGCCCCCCGUGGGAAUCGAACCCACAACCCUGGCGUUGCAAACGCCAUGCUCUACCAACUGAGCUACAUCCCUGCCGGCCAUUCCCUCCCCUACCCUGGACGACGCUGGGCCAAUUGUGCGCCGCCCCAUGGGUCUAUAUGGUGCCUAUAUGGUGGUAGGUGCCUACAUGGUGCCUGCAUGGUGCCUACAUGGUGUUAGGUGCCUACAUGGAGCCUGCAUGGUGCCUACAUGGUGGUAGGUGCCUACAUGGUGCCUGCAUGGUGCCUACAUGGUGGUAGGUGCCUACAUUUUACAUUUUUAGUCAUUUAGCAGACGCUCUUAUCCAGAGCAUCUUACAGGAGCAAUUAGGGUUAAGUGCCUUGGUCAAGGGCACAUCGACAGAUUUUUCACCUAGUCGGCUCGGGGAUUAGAACCAGCGACCUUUCUGUUACUGGCACUAUGCUCUUAACCACUAAGCUACCUGCCGCCCUACAUGGUGCCUACAUGGUGGUAGGUGCCUACAUGGUGCCUACAUCGUGCCUGCAUGGUGCCUACAUGGUGCCUAUAUGGUGGUAGGUGCCUACAUGGUGCCUACAUGGUGGUAGGUGCCUACAUGGUGCCUACAUAGUGGUAGGUGCCUACAUGGUGCCUACAUGACCGGGAGACCCAUGGGGCGGCGCACAAUUGGCCCAGUGUCGUCCAGGGUAGGGGAGGGAAUGGCCGGCAGGGAUGUAGCUCAGUUGGUAGAGCAUGGCGUUUGCAACGCCAGGGUUGUGGGUUCGAUUCCAGUAUGAAAAAAUUAAUAAAAAUGUAUGACCUCAUGUUACGAACCCCGUGGCUUUAAACGUCUAGGGUGGAUGGAAAUGAGACCCGUAACAUAAUUCAUGCAAAUUAGAAUCGUGACAUGGAAACAGUGAGAACAAAAAAUACACCGACAACCAUAAGCUACCGUCAAACAUAAAAUGUUUAUUUUGAACACACGGUAAAGGUUUGGGAAAAAGGGCUGAGCAGGACCCAAGAAAUGAAACAAUAGUGUAAAACACCCCUAAACUGAUCUUGCCUGCCUCAAGAACCGCUAAGCUACUGCUAAUCAUACAAAAGUACAGUGGGUGGUCCGCUCAGGUCUAACUAGUGUUUUUAGACAGUUUUCUUCCUACGGGUAAUGUAUGCCCAAGGGCAACUUGCUUAAAUCCCCCUUUUCCCAGAAACGCACAACAAAGUUACCAAACAGAGUAACCAGCAAAUGAGUGAGUACACAAAACACAGGACACCACAGUAUCCAUACUCACAUACGGAAAUAGUCUCUCUCAACAAACACAACUGACUGGCUUUUAAACAAUGGGAGGUGUAAGUGGGAAACCAGAAACAGGUGGUGCAAUACAGAGGAAUGUCCACUGAUUGGUCCACCUCAGCAAUCAGCAGACAAACGGAUGUCGGACAGGUGGGACACCCCAACGACCACCAAUCAGGAACACAAAGGACACCUGUGAUUUAGGGCAGAAGGAGAGGAAAAACACAAAAACACAUACAGGAUACCUGUAUCCGUAACAACUCACUAACUGUAAGUCGCUCUGGAUAAGAGCGUCUGCUAAAUGACUAAUAUGUAAAAUGUACAUGGUGCCUACAUGGUGGUAGGUGCCUACAUGGUGCCUACAUGGUGGUAGGUGCCUACAUGGUGCCUACAUGGUGUCUACAUGGUGCCUACAUGGUGUCUACAUGGUGCCUACAUGGUGUCUACAUGGUGCCUACAUGGUGUCUACAUGGUGCCUACAUGGUGCCUACAUGUUUACACUAGGCAAGAUAUAGCUUAGUGGUGUUUACACUAGGCAGGUAGCUUAGUGGUUAAGAGCGUUGUGCCAGUAACCGAAAGGUCGCUGGUUCUAAUCCCAGAGCCGACUAGGUGAAAAAUCUGCCGAUGUGCCCUUGAGCAAGGCACUUAACCCUAAUUGCUCCUGUAAAUGACAAAAAAUUUCAAAUGUAAAUGUAAAAUAAUAGGGACGUAUAUCUAUCUGUUAGGGAUGGGGGGGAAAUCCAUACAGUAGAGUUUUGCGCUAUAUUUUUAAAAAUAUUUUAUAAUGAUUUGAUUGUGUUCUCUCCUAAACAGGUGUUCUACUCUGCUAGCCAGCACCUCUCCUAAACAGGUGUUCUACUCUGCUAGCCAGCACCUCUCCUAAACAGGUGUUCUACUCUGCUAGCCAGCACCUCUCCUAAACAGGUGUUCUACUCUGCUAGCCAGCACCUCUCCUAAACAGGUGUUCUACUCCUAUAGCCAGCACCUCUCCUAAACAGGUGUUCUACUCUGCUAGCCAGCACCUCUCCUAAACAGGUGUUCUACUCCGUUAGCCAGCACCUCUCCUAAACAGGUGUUCUACUCUGCUAGCCAGCACCUCUCCUAAACAGGUGUUCUACUCUGCUAGCCAGCACCUCUCCUAAACAGGUGUUCUACUCCGUUAGCCAGCACCUCUCCUAAAACAGGUGUUCUACUCUGCUAGCCAGCACCUCUCCUAAACAGGUGUUCUACUCCUAUAGCCAGCACCUCUCCUAAACAGGUGUUCUACUCCUAUAGCCAGCACCUCUCCUAAACAGGUGUUCUACUCCGCUAGCCAGCACCUCUCCUAAACAGGUGUUCUACUCUGCUAGCCAGCACCUCUCCUAAACAGGUGUUCUACUCUGCUAGCCAGCACCUCUCCUAAACAGGUGUUCUACUCUGCUAGCCAGCACCUCUCCUAAACAGGUGUUCUACUCCGCUAGCCAGCACCUCUCCUAAACAGGUGUUCUACUCCGUUAGCCAGCACCUCUCCUAAACAGGUGUUCUACUCCGCUAGCCAGCACCUCUCCUAAACAGGUGUUCUACUCUGCUAGCCAGCACCUCUCCUAAACAGGUGUUCUACUCCGUUAGCCAGCACCUCUCCUAAACAGGUGUUCUACUCUGCUAGCCAGCACCUCUCCUAAACAGGUGUUCUACUCCUAUAGCCAGCACCUCUCCUAAACAGGUGUUCUACUCUGCUAGCCAGCACCUCUCCUAAACAGGUGUUCUACUCCGUUAGCCAGCACCUCUCCUAAACAGGUGUUCUACUCUGCUAGCCAGCACCUCUCCUAAACAGGUGUUCUACUCCUAUAGCCAGCACCUCUCCUAAACAGGUGUUCUACUCUGCUAGCCAGCACCUCUCCUAAACAGGUGUUCUACUCUGCUAGCCAGCACCUCUCCUAAACAGGUGUUCUACUCUGCUAGCCAGCACCUCUCCUAAACAGGUGUUCUACUCCUAUAGCCAGCACCUCUCCUAAACAGGUGUUCUACUCCGUUAGCCAGCACCUCUCCUAAACAGGUGUUCUACUCCGUUAGCCAGCACCUCUCCUAAACAGUUGUGCGUUUCUUUCUCCUCCAUAUUAGCUAGUCGGCUGUACCUGGUAUUUAUCAUCCUAUAGCUAGUUCAUCAUUUUCUUUUUAAAUGUUUUAAAUGGUGAGCCAACAUGUUUUGAGCACUUUUACCUCCAAAACUCAUUUUCUCGUGGCUCUCUCUUCUCCCUCUGCAGCAUGUAGAGAGCACUAUGUUUGGACAUAUAGAAUCGCAAUACAUAUCGUAUCGGGCGCCUAAGUAUGGUGAUAAUAUCGUAUUGUGAGGUCCUUGGCUAUUCCCAGCCCUAGUAUCUGUAGUUUUCUGUUCGAUAGUGACCUCUAACCUAUGACCUCUGAUUGUGUUUCCUGUCUAGGAGAGCGCUUGGCCAAACCAGAGAGAGGGAAGAUGAGAGUCCACAAGAUCUCCAACGUCAACAAAGCUCUCCACUACAUAACCAGUAAAGGAGUCAAGCUGGUGUCCAUCGGAGCUGAAGGUGGGUUCAACAAUACCCUGGUCACUAUUGACACUGACUGGACUGUAGUACACUUGACUGUAGUACACUAGACUGUAGUACACUAGACUGUAGUACACUAGACUGUAGUACACUAGACUGUAGUACACUAGACUGUAGUACACUAGACUGUAGUACACUAGACUGUAGUACACUAGACUGUAGUACACUAGACUGUAGUAAACUAGACUGUAGUAUACUAGACUGUAGUACACUAGACUGUAGUAAACUAGACUGUAGUACACUAGACUGUAGUACACUAGACUGUAGUACACUAGACUGUAGUACACUAGACUGUAGUAAACUAGACUGUAGUACACUAGACUGUAGUACACUAGGGACUGUAGUACACUAGACUGUAGUACACUAGACUGUAGUACACUAGACUGUAGUAAACUAGACUGUAGUAAAACUAGACUGUAGUAUACUAGACUGUAGUACACUAGACUGUAGUAAACUAGACUGUAGACACUAGACUGUAGUACACUAGACUGUAGUACACUAGACUGUAGUAGCCCUAGGCUGUAGUACACUAGACUGUAAGUACACUAGGACUGUAGUACACUAGACUGUAGGACACUAGACUGUAGUAAAAACUAGACUGUAGGACACUAGACUGUAGUAAACUAGACUGUAGUACACUAGACUGUAGUACACUAGACUGUAGUACACUAGACUGUAGUACACUAGACUGUAGUACACUAGACUGUAGUAAACUAGACUGUAGUACACUAGACUGUAGUACACUAGACUUGUAGUACACUAGACUGUAGUAACACUAACUGUAGUAAACUGUAGUACAACUAGACUUGUAGGUACACUAGGACUGUAGUACACUAGACUGUAGUACACUAGGACUGUAGUACACUAGGGGACUGUAGUAACACUAGACUGGUAGUUAAACUAGACUGUAGACACUAGACUGUAGUACACUAGACUGUAGUAUACACUAGACUGUAGUUACACUAGACUGUAGUAACUACUGUAUUACACACGUAGUAAACUAGACGGUAGUACACUAGACUGGUAUUAUACUAGACUGUAGUACACUAGACUGUAGUACACUAGACUGUAGUAAAACAGACUGUAGUAAACUAGACGGUAGUAAACUAGACUGUAGUAAACUAGGACUGUAGGACACUAGACUGUAGUCAAACUAGACUGUAUUAAACUAGACUGUAGUAAACUAGACUGGUAGUCAACUAGACUGGUAUACUAGACUGUAGUACACUAGACUGUAGUAAACUAGACUGUAGGACACUGUAGUAAACUAGACUGUAGUACACUAGACUGUAGUACACUAGACUGUAGGACACUAGACUGUAGUACACUAGACUGUAGGACACUAGACUGUAGUAAACUAGACUGUAGUAAACUAGACUGUAGGACACUAGACUGUAGUAAACUAGACUGUAGUAAACUAGACUGUAGUAAACUAGACUGUAGUAAACUAGACUGUAGUAAACUAGACUGUAGUAUACUAGACUGUAGUACACUAGACUGUAGUACACUAGACUGUAGGACACUAGACUGUAGUAAACUAGACUGUAGGACACUAGACUGUAGGACACUAGACUGUAGUACACUAGGCUGUAGUACACUAGGCUGUAGUACACUAGGCUGUAGUACACUAGGCUGUAGUACACUAGGCUGUAGUACACUAGGCUGUAGUACACUAGGCUGUAGUACACUAGGCUGUAGUACACUAGACUGUAGUACACUAGACUGUAGUAAACUAGACUGUAGUAAACUAGACUGUAGUAAACUAGACUGUAGUAAACUAGACUGUAGUAUACUAGACUGUAGUACACUAGACUGUAGUAAACUAGACUGUAGGACACUAGACUGUAGUAAACUAGACUGUAGUAAACUAGACUGUAGUACACUAGACUGUAGUACACUAGACUGUAGGACACUAGACUGUAGUACACUAGACUGUAGGACACUAGACUGUAGUAAACUAGACUGUAGUAAACUAGACUGUAGUACACUAGACUGUAGUAAACUAGACUGUAGUAAACUAGACUGUAGGACACUAGACUGUAGUAAACUAGACUGUAGUAAACUAGACUGUAGUAAACUAGACUGUAGUAAACUAGACUGUAGUAAACUAGACUGUAGUAUACUAGACUGUAGUACACUAGACUGUAGUACACUAGACUGUAGGACACUAGACUGUAGUACACUAGACUGUAGUACACUAGACUGUAGUACCAGACUAGGACACUAGAUUAGUACACUAGACUGUGUACACUAGACUGUAAGGACACUAGACUGUAGUACACUAGACUGUAGGACACUAGACUGUAGUAAACUAGACGUAGUAACUAGACUGUAGGGACACUAGACUGUAGUAAAACUAGACUGUAGUAAACUAGACUGUAGUAAACUAGACUGUAGUAAACUAGACUGUAGUAAACUAGACUGUAGUAUACUAGACUGUAGUACACUAGACUGUAGUAAACUAGACUGUAGGACACUAGACUGUAGUAAACUAGACUGUAGUAAACUAGACUGUAGUACACUAGACUGUAGUACACUAGACUGUAGGACACUAGACUGUAGUACACUAGACUGUAGUACACUAGACUGUAGGACACUAGACUGUAGUAAACUAGACUGUAGUACACUAGACUGUAGUAAACUAGACUGUAGUAAACUAGACUGUAGUACACUAGACUGUAGUACACUAGACUGUAGUACACUAGACUGUAGUAAACUAGACUGUAGUACACUAGACUGUAGUACACUAGACUGUAGUACACUAGACUGUAGUACACUAGACUGUAGUACACUAGACUGUAGUACACUAGACUGUAGUACACUAGACUGUAGUAAACUAGACUGUAGUAAACUAGACUGUAGUAUACUAGACUGUAGUACACUAGACUGUAGUACACUAGACUGUAGUACACUAGACUGUAGUACACUAGACUGUAGUACACUAGACUGUAGUAAACUAGACUGUAGUAAACUAGACUGUAGUAUACUAGACUGUAGUACACUAGACUGUAGUACACUAGACUGUAGUACACUAGACUUUAGUACACUAGACUGUAGUAAACUAGACUGUAGUAAACUAGACUGUAGUAUACUAGACUGUAGUACACUAGACUGUAGUACACUAGACUGUAGUACACUAGACUGUAGUACACUAGACUGUAGUACACUAGACUGUAGUAAACUAGACUGUAGUACACUAGACUGUAGUACACUAGACUGUAGUACACUAGACUGUAGUACACUAGACUGUAGUACACUAGACUGUAGUACACUAGACUGUAGUAAACUAGACUGUAGUAUACUAGACUGUAGUACACUAGACUGUAGUACACUAGACUGUAGUACACUAGACUGUAGUACACUAGACUGUAGUAAACUAGACUGUAGUACACUAGACUGUAGUACACUAGACUGUAGUACACUAGACUGUAGUAAACUAGACUGUAGUACACUAGACUGUAGGACACUAGACUGUAGUACACUAGACUGUAGUACACUAGACUGUAGUAAACUAGACUGUAGUACACUAGACUGUAGUACACUAGACUGUAGUAAACUAGACUGUAGUACACUAGACUGUAGUAAACUAGACUGUAGUACACUAGACUGUAGUACACUAGACUGUAGUACACUAGACUGUAGUACACUAGACUGUAGUACACUAGACUGUAGUAAACUAGACUGUAGUAAACUAGACUGUAGUACACUAGGCUGUAGUACACUAGACUGUAGUACACUAGACUGUAGUACAACUAGACUGUAGUAAACUAGACUGUAGUAACACUAGACUGUAGUAAACUAGACUGUAGUACACUAGACUGUAGUACACUAGACUGUAGUACACUAGACUGUAGUACACUAGACUGUAGUAAACUAGACUGUAGUAAACUAGACUGUAGGACACUAGACUGUAGUACACUAGACUGUAGUACACUAGACUGUAGUAAACUAGACUGUAGUACACUAGACUGUAGGACACUAGACUGUAGUACACUAGACUGUAGUACACUAGGCUGUAGUACACUAGACUGUAGUACACUAGACUGUAGUACACUAGACUGUAGUAAACUAGACUGUAGUACACUAGACUGUAGUAAACUAGACUGUAGUACACUAGACUGUAGGACACUAGACUGUAGUACACUAGACUGUAGUACACUAGACUGUAGUAAACUAGACUGUAGUACACUAGGCUGUAGUACACUAGACUGUAGUACACUAGACUGUAGUACACUAGACUGUAGUAAACUAGACUGUAGGACACUAGACUGUAGUACACUAGACUGUAGUACACUAGACUGUAGUAAACUAGACUGUAGUACACUAGACUGUAGGACACUAGACUGUAGUACACUAGACUGUAGUACACUAGGCUGUAGUACACUAGACUGUAGUACACUAGACUGUAGUACACUAGACUGUAGUAAACUAGACUGUAGUACACUAGACUGUAGUAAACUAGACUGUAGUACACUAGACUGUAGGACACUAGACUGUAGUACACUAGACUGUAGUACACUAGACUGUAGUAAACUAGACUGUAGUACACUAGGCUGUAGUACACUAGACUGUAGUACACUAGACUGUAGUACACUAGACUGUAGUAAACUAGACUGUAGUACACUAGACUUUAGUAAACUAGACUGUAGUACACUAGACUGUAGGACACUAGACUGUAGUACACUAGACUGUAGUACACUAGACUGUAGUAAACUAGACUGUAGUACACUAGGCUGUAGUACACUAGACUGUAGUACACUAGACUGUAGUACACUAGACUGUAGUAAACUAGACUGUAGUACACUAGACUGUAGUACACUAGACUGUAGUAAACUAGACUGUAGUAAACUAGACUGUAGUAAACUAGACUGUAGUAAACUAGACUGUAGUACACUAGACUGUAGUAAACUAGACUGUAGUAAACUAGACUGUAGUACACUAGACUGUAGUAAACUAGACUGUAGUACACUAGACUGUAGUACACUAGACUGUAGUACACUAGACUGUAGUACACUAGACUGUAGUACACUAGACUGUAGUAAACUAGACUGUAGUACACUAGGCUGUAGUACACUAGACUGUAGUACACUAGACUGUAGUACACUAGACUGUAGUAAACUAGACUGUAGUAAACUAGACUGUAGUACACUAGACUGUAGUACACUAGACUGUAGUAAACUAGACUGUGUACACUAGACUGUAGUACACUAGACUGUAGUACACUAGACUGUAGUACACUAGACUGUAGUACACUAGACUGUAGUAAACUAGACUGGUAACUAACUAACUAGACUGUAGACACUAGACUGUAGUACACUAGACUGUAGUACACUAGACUGUAGUACACUAGACUGUAGUACACUAGACUGUAGGACACUAGACUGUAGUACACUAGACUGUAGUACACUAGAUAGGCUGUAGUACACUAGACUGUAGUACACUGAUGACUGUAGUACACUAGACUGUAGUAAACUAGACUGUAGUACACUAGACUGUAGUUACACUAGACUGUAGUACACUAGACUGUAGUACACAGACUGUAGUAAACUAGACUGUAGUACACUAGACAUGUAGUACUACUAAAGACUGUAGUACACUAGACUGUAGUACACUAGACUGUAGACACUAGACUGUAGUAAAACUAGACUGUAGUACACUAGACUGUAGUACACUAGACUGUAGUAAACUAGACUGUAGUACACUGACUGUAGUAACUAGACUGUAGGACACUAGACUGUAGUAAACUAGACUGUAGGACACUGACUGUAGUAAACUAGACUGUAGUAAACUAGACUGUAGUAACUAGACUGUAGUAAACUAGACUGUAGUACACUAGACUGUAGUAAACUAGACUGUAGUACACUAGACUGUAGUAAACUAGACGUAGUAAACUAGACGGUAGUAAACUAGACUGUAGUAAACUAGACGUAGUACACUAGACUGUAGUAAACUAGACUGUAGUACACUAGACUGUAGUACACACUAGACUGUAGUAAACUAGACUGUAGUACACUAGAACUGUAGUACACUAGACUGUAGUAAACUAGACUGUAGUACACUAGACUGUAGUACACUAGACUGUAGUAAACUAGACUGUAGGACACUAGACUGUAGUACACUAGACUGUAGUACACUAGACUGUAGUACACUAGACUGUAGGACACUAGACUGUAGUAAACUAGACUGUAGUACACUAGACUGUAGUACACUAGACUGUAGUAAACUAGACUGUAGUAACUAGACUGUAGUAAACUAGACUGAAGUACACUAGACUGUAGUACACUACAAAACCAGUUAAGGAGUCAAGCUGGUGUCCAUCGGAGCUGAUAUUGGGUUCGACAAUACCCUGGUCACUAUUGACACUGACUAGACUGUACUACUAGCCUCAUUAAACCAGCCUUAUCUCGCAAGCUCACACUCUGUUUCACUGAAAUGAAACAUGAGCACAGCGGUCACUGUCCAAAAGGUGUGCGUCACAAAGGGCAGUCUAUUCCCUUUGAGUCCUGGUCAGAAGUAGUGCCACUUGGGACACGUCCAAGGUAGUGCUUUGCGGUGCAUUUCCCCAUAGCUAGGGGCUGCUCUGCUCAGGUUGUCAACAUCGUUUGUGUCCCAAAUGGCACCCUAUUCCCUACAUAGUGCAGGUCUUUUUUUUUUUGUUCACUCCUCACAUACUUUGGGCUUCGUUGGAUAGGACAGAAGUAGAAAGGAAAGAUACGCUGAGUGUACAAAACAUUAGGAACACCUUCCUAGUAUUGAGUUGCACCCACCUUUUAACCCUCAGAACAGCUUCAAUUCGUCAGGGCAUGGACUCUACAUCACAGGAGGUUGGUUGCACCUUAAUUGGGGAGGACGGGCUCGUGGUAAUGUCUGGAGUGGAGUGAGGGGAAUGGUAUGAAAUACAUCAAACAUAGUUUGAUUCCAUUCCAUUUGCGCCGUUCCAGCCAUUAUUAUGAGCCGUCCUCCCCUCAGCAGCCUCCACUGCUCUACAAGGUGUCAAGCGUUCCACAGAGAUGCUGGGCCCAUGUUGACUCCAAUGCUUCCCACAGCGUUCCACAGAGAUGCUGGGCCCAUGUUGACUGCAAUGCUUCCCACAGUUGUGUCAAGUUGGCUGGAUGUCCUUUGGGUGGUGGACCAUUCUUGAUACACAUGGGAAACUGUUGAGUGUGGAAAAACCCAGCAGCGUUGCAGUUCUUGAUACAAACCGGUGCACCUGGCACCUACUACCAUACCCUGUUCAAAGGCACUUAAAUCUUUUGUCUUGCCCAUUCACCCUCUGAAUGGCACACAUACCCAAUCUCUAUUGCGCUCCACACUGCCCUUUCACACCUGGACAAAAGGAACACCUAUGUGAGAAUGCUAUUCAUUGACUACAGCUCAGCAUUCAACACCAUAGUGCCCUCAAAGCUCAACACUAAGCUAAGGACCCUGGGACUAAACACCUCCCUCUGCAACUGGAUCCUGGACUUCCUGACGGGCCAUCCCCAGGUGGUAAGGGUAGGCAACAACACGUCUGCCACACUGAUCCUCAACACGGGGGCCCCUCAGAGGUGCGUGCUCAGUCCCCUCCUGUACUCCCUGUUCACCCAUGACUGCAUGGCCAGGCACGACUCCAACACCAUCAUUAAGUUUGCCGAUGACACAACAGUGGUAGGCCUGAUCACAGACAACGAUGAGACAGCCUAUAGGGAGGAGGUCAGAGAUCUGGCCGUGUGGUGCCAGGACAACAAACUCUCCCUCAAUGUGACCAAGACAAAGGAGAUGAUUGUGGACUACAGGAAAAAGAAGAGGACUGAGCAUGCCCCCAUUCUCAUCGACGGGGCUUUAGUGGAACAGGUUGAGAGCUUCAAGUUCCUUGGUGUCCACAUCACCAACAAACUAACAUGGUCCAAACACACCAAGACAGUCGUGAAGAGGGCACAACAAAGCCUAUUCCCCCUCAGGAGACUGAAAAGAUUUGGCAUGGGUCCCCAGAUCCACCCAUCGAUAGCAUCCUGACUGGUUGCAUCACUGCCUGGUAUGGCAACUGCUCAGCCUCCGACCGCAAGGCACAACAGAGGGUAGUGCGUACGGCCCAGUACAUCACUGGGGCCAAGCUUCCUGCCAUCCAGGACCUCUAUACCAGGCGGUGUCAGAGGAAGGCCCUAAAAAUUGUCAGACUCCAGCCACCCUAGUCAGCGCCUAGUCUAGGUCCAAGAGGCUUCUAAACAGCUUCUACCCCCAAGCCAUAAGACUCCUGAACAUCUAAUCAUGGCUACCCAGACUAUUUGCAUCCCCCCCCCCCCCUCUUUUACGCUGCUGCUACUCUCUGUUUAUUAUCUAUGCAUAGUCACUUUAAUAACUCCUUCAAUACUUUUGGAAAAGCAUUCCAGGUGAAGCUGGUUGAGAGAAUGCCAAGAGUGUGCAAAGCUGUCAUCAAGGCAAAGGGUGAUUAUUUAAAGAAUCUCAAAUAUAAAAUAUAUUUUGAUUUGUUUAACACUUUUUUGGUUAAUACAUGAUUCCAUAUGUGUUAUUUCAUAGUUUUGAUGUCUUCACUAUUAUUCUACAAUGUAGAAAAUAGUAAAAAAUUAAGAAAAACCCUUGAAUGAGUAGGUGUGGACAAACUGUUGACUGGUAGUGUAACAGCUCCCAGUGUGACUCAUAGUGUUCUCAUGGCUAGGUGUUAGGCAGCAUGCAGGUUGCGCAUGUAUCCGAGUUACCACAGUUACCACAGUUACCACAGUUCCCCUGUGGGCUGCUGUGGUUGGUCGAUGAGGUGACGCAUGAAUGCGCAUUAUCAAGUCACUUGGGCCACUGUGGUCGAUGUUAGGCAGCGUUUUGUCCAGGUUACCGCAGUUCCCCUGUGGGUUUUGAGCCUCGGGCUGACGUAACAGCGCCAAGUGUACAGUUUCCAGGUUACUGCAGGUUUUUCUGUGGGUUCGAGCCUCGGGCUGACGUAACGGCGCCAAGUGUACAGUUUCCAGGUUACUGCAGGUUUUUCUGUGGGUUCGAGCCUCGGGCUGACGUAACGGCGCCAAGUGUACAGUUUCCAGGUUACUGCAGGUUUUUCUGUGGGUUCGAGCCUCGGGCUGACGUAACGGCGCCAAGUGUACAGUUUCCAGGUUACUGCAGGUUUUUCUGUGGGUUCGAGCCUCGGGCGUCACGUGAUUCAUUGACUCUGUGUGCGCUUUACCAAGUCACGACAGAUGUUUUGUUGUUUUGGACUUGCAGUUCCUUGUACGAGUUCUGACAUUUCAGGCUCGCAUUGGCAGCGUGUCAGUGUGCAUAUCCAAGUUGCAGCAGGUUCUGGUUCCCUAUAUGGGGCGCUGACAGUUCAGGCUCGCAUUGGCAGCGUGUCAGUGUGCAUAUCCAAGUUGCAGCAGGUUCUGGUUCCCUAUAUGGGGCUCUGACAUUAGUCAAGUAGUGCACGACAUAGGGAAAAAGGGUGGCUUCUGUAACCCCUUCUAGCCUGUGGAACCUGUGUCGGCCUCCUAGUUUGGUACCCUCUGAACUGGCUUGGGGCUUGAUUUUGUGUCCACGUAGUACGAUAUACCGAGUGACCAAUCGAAAGGCAACGUACAGUUAUGAAUAUAAACUACUGUUCCCUGAAGGAGGGAACGAGGUAUAACAUGUUCUGGCCCCCCACGCCGUCAGGGGGUUUGGACUCGCUGAAGAGCGGUACUGAAUUGAGGAAAUUAAUGCGAGCCCCGGCGUUACAGCCAGGAAGGCGGGGCUUCCGAGGGCGGGCUCUGCAUUAAUUGGUCCUUUGGGCGUGUUUUUAGUUUUCUUCAGGUGAAUAUGAUUGGUCAUUGACUCCUCAUAGUAUGUUAUACCUCAUUCCCUCCUUAAGGGAACAUUAGUUAUAUUCAUAACUGUACGUUUCUCUCUCUCUCUCUCUCUCAAUUCAAUUUCAAUUCAAUUCAACUUCAAUUUAAGGGCUUUAUUGGCAUGGGGAACGUAUGUUAACAUUGCCAAAGCAAGUGAAGUAGAUAAUAAUCAAAAGUGAAAUAAACAAUAAAUAUUAACAGUAAACAUUACACUCAGAAGUUCCAAAAGAAUAAAGACAUUUCAAAUGUCAUAUUAUGUAUAUAUACAGUGUUGUAACAAUGUAUAUAUUGUCUCUCUCUCUCUCGCUCUCUCUCUCUCUCUGUAUUUCUUUCUCUUUCCUCUUUCCGACUCUCUCUCUUCCUCUCCUCCUUCUUCCUGUCUCCCAGUAA